CACGUGGUCUGUCUUCAGCCCCGUCGCCGGCGGAGGCGGGCGCGGGCGCGUCCCUGUGGCCAGUCAUCCGGCGGAGUUGGUCGCACAAUUAUGAAAGACUCGACUUCUGCUGCUAGCGCUGGAGCUGAGUUAGUUCUGAGAAGGUUUCCCUGGGCUGUCCUUGUCCGGCGGCCUCUGCUGCCGCCUCCGGAGACGCUUCCCGAUAGAUGGCUACAGGCCGCGGAGGAGGAGGAGGUGGAGUUGCUGCCCUUCCGGAGUCUGCCCCGUGAGGAGAAUGUCCCAGAAAUCCUGGAUAGAAAGCACUUUGACCAAGAGGGAAUGUGUAUACAUUAUACCAAGUUCCAAGGAUCCUCACAGAUGCCUUCCAGGAUGUCAGAUUUGUCAGCAACUUGUCAGGUGUUUUUGUGGUCGCUUGGUCAAGCAACAUGCUUGUUUCACUGCAAGUCUUGCCAUGAAAUACUCAGAUGUGAAAUUGGGUGACCAUUUUAAUCAGGCAAUAGAAGAGUGGUCUGUGGAAAAGCAUACAGAACAGAGCCCAACAGAUGCUUAUGGAGUCAUCAAUUUUCAAGGGGGUUCUCAUUCCUACAGAGCUAAGUAUGUGAGGCUAUCAUAUGACACCAAACCUGAAAUCAUUCUGCAACUUCUGCUUAAAGAAUGGCAAAUGGAAUUACCCAAACUUGUUAUCUCUGUUCAUGGGGGCAUGCAGAAAUUUGAGCUACACCCACGAAUCAAGCAGUUGCUUGGAAAAGGUCUUAUUAAAGCUGCAGUUACAACUGGAGCCUGGAUUUUAACUGGAGGGGUAAACACAGGUGUGGCAAAACAUGUUGGUGAUGCCCUCAAAGAACAUGCUUCCAGAUCAUCUCGAAAGAUUUGCACUAUUGGAAUAGCUCCAUGGGGAGUGAUAGAAAACAGAAAUGAUCUUGUUGGGAGAGAUGUCAUUGCUCCUUAUCAAACCUUAUUGAACCCCCUGAGCAAAUUGAAUGUCCUGAAUAAUCUCCAUUCCCAUUUCAUAUUGGUGGAUGAUGGCACAGUUGGAAAGUAUGGCGCAGAAGUCAGACUAAGAAGAGAACUUGAAAAAACUAUUAAUCAGCAAAGAAUUCACGCUAGAAUUGGCCAAGGUGUUCCUGUAGUGGCUCUGAUAUUUGAGGGUGGGCCAAAUGUUAUACUUACAGUUCUAGAAUACCUUCAAGAAAGUCCCCCUGUUCCUGUGGUUGUAUGUGAAGGAACAGGCAGAGCUGCAGAUUUGCUAGCCUAUAUUCACAAACAAACAGAAGAAGGAGGAAGUCUUCCUGAUGGAGCAGAGGUUGAUAUCAUUUCAACCAUCAAGAAAACAUUUAACUUUGGCCAAAGUGAAGCAGUUCAUUUAUUUCAAACACUGAUGGAGUGCAUGAAGAAAAAAGAGCUUAUCACUGUGUUCCACAUUGGAUCAGAGGAACAUCAGGAUAUAGAUGUAGCAAUACUUACUGCACUACUAAAAGGUACUAAUGCAUCUGCAUUUGACCAGCUUAUCCUUACAUUGGCAUGGGAUAGAGUUGACAUUGCCAAAAAUCAUGUAUUUGUUUAUGGACAGCAGUGGCUGGUACCUUUGUUGGCCUUCUUGGGAAAUCUUCCUCCAGGAUAUAAGAUCACUCUAAUUGAUAUAGGACUUGUUAUUGAAUAUCUCAUGGGAGGAACCUACAGAUGCACCUAUACUCGGAAACGUUUUCGGUUAAUAUAUAAUAGUCUUGGUGGAAAUAGUCGGAGAUCUGGCCGAAAUACCUCCAGCAGUACUCCUCAAUUGAGAAAGAGUCACGAAUCUUUUGGCAAUAGAGCAGAUAAAAAGGAAAAAACGAGACAUAAUCAUUUCAUUAAAACAGCACAGCCCUAUAGACCAAAGAUUGAUACAGCUAUGGAAGAAGGAAAGAAAAAAAGAACCAAAGAUGAAAUUGUAGAUAUUGAUGAUCCAGAAACCAAGCGCUUUCCUUACCCGCUUAAUGAAUUGUUAAUUUGGGCUUGCCUUAUGAAGAGGCAGGUUAUGGCACGGUUUUUAUGGCAGCAUGGUGAAGAAUCAAUGGCUAAAGCAUUAGUUGCCUGUAAGAUCUAUCGUUCAAUGGCCUAUGAAGCAAAGCAGAGUGACCUGGUAGAUGAUACUUCAGAAGAACUGAAACAAUAUUCCAAUGAUUUUGGCCAACUGGCAGUUGAAUUACUAGAGCAAUCCUUCAGACAAGAUGAAACCAUGGCUAUGAAAUUACUCACUUAUGAACUGAAAAACUGGAGUAAUUCAACCUGCCUUAAAUUAGCAGUUUCUUCAAGACUUAGACCUUUUGUAGCUCACACCUGUACACAAAUGUUGUUAUCUGAUAUGUGGAUGGGAAGGCUGAACAUGAGAAAAAAUUCUUGGUACAAGGUGAUAUUAAGCAUUUUAGUUCCACCUGCCAUAUUAAUGCUAGAAUAUAAAACCAAGGCUGAAAUGUCCCAUAUUCCACAAUCUCAAGAUGCUCAUCAGAUGACAAUGGAAGAUAGUGAAAACAACUUUCAAAACAUAACAGAAGAGAUCCCUAUGGAAGUAUUUAAAGAAGUAAGAAUUUUGGACAGUAAUGAAGGAAAGAGUGAAAUGGAGAUGCAUAUAAAAUCAAAAAAGCUUCCAAUCACACGAAAAUUUUAUGCCUUUUAUCAUGCACCAAUUGUAAAGUUCUGGUUUAAUACGUUGGCAUACUUAGGAUUUCUGAUGCUUUAUACAUUUGUAGUUCUUGUACAAAUGGAACGGUUACCUUCAGUUCAAGAAUGGAUUGUUAUUGCUUAUAUUUUUACCUAUGCCAUUGAGAAAGUCCGUGAGAUCUUUAUGUCUGAAGCUGGGAAAAUAAGCCAGAAGAUUAAAGUGUGGUUUAGUGAUUAUUUCAAUAUCAGUGAUUCAAUUGCCAUAAUUUCUUUCUUCAUUGGAUUUGGACUAAGAUUUGGAGCCAAAUGGAACUUUGAGAAUGCAUAUGAUAAUCAUGUUUUUGUGGCUGGAAGAUUAAUAUACUGUCUUAAUAUAAUAUUUUGGUAUGUGCGUUUGCUAGAUUUUCUCGCUGUAAAUCAACAGGCAGGACCUUAUGUAAUGAUGAUUGGAAAAAUGGUAGCCAAUAUGUUCUACAUUGUAGUGAUUAUGGCUCUUGUAUUACUUAGUUUUGGUGUUCCUAGAAAGGCAAUACUUUAUCCUCAUGAAGCACCAUCUUGGACUCUUGCUAAAGAUAUAGUUUUUCAUCCAUACUGGAUGAUUUUUGGUGAAGUUUACGCAUAUGAAAUUGAUGUGUGUGCAAAUGAUUCCACUAUCACCGAAAUCUGUGGCCCUGGAACAUGGUUGACUCCAUUUCUUCAAGCAGUCUACCUCUUUGUACAGUAUAUCAUUAUGGUGAAUCUUCUUAUUGCAUUUUUCAACAAUGUGUAUUUACAAGUGAAGGCAAUUUCCAAUAUUGUAUGGAAGUAUCAGCGUUAUCAUUUUAUUAUGGCUUAUCAUGAGAAACCAGUUUUGCCUCCUCCACUUAUCAUUCUUAGUCAUGUAGUUUCUCUGUUUUGCUGUGUAUGUAAAAGAAGAAAGAAAGAUAAGACUUCUGAUGGACCAAAACUUUUCUUAACAGAGGAAGAUCAAAAGAAACUUCAUGACUUUGAAGAGCAGUGUGUUGAGAUGUAUUUUAAUGAAAAAGAUGACAAAUUCCAUUCUGGAAGUGAAGAGAGAAUCCGUGUCACUUUUGAAAGAGUGGAGCAGAUGUGCAUUCAGAUUAAAGAAGUUGGAGAUCGAGUCAACUACAUAAAACGAUCAUUACAGUCAUUAGAUUCUCAGAUUGGACAUUUGCAAGAUCUUUCAGCCCUGACAGUUGAUACAUUAAAAACACUCACUGCCCAGAAAGCUUCAGAAGCUAGCAAAGUUCACAACGAGAUCACACGAGAAUUGAGUAUAUCCAAACAUUUGGCUCAGAACCUUAUUGAUGAUGGUCCUGUAAGACCUUCUGUAUGGAAAAAGCACAGUGUUGUAAAUACACUUAGUUCCUCUCUUCCUCAAGGUGAUCUUGAAAGUAAUAAUCCUUUUCUUUGUAAUAUUUUCAUGAAAGAUGAAAAAGAUCCCCAAUGUAACAUGUUUGGUCAAGAUUUACCUGUAAUACCCCAGAGAAAAGAAUUCAAUUUUCCAGAGGCUGGUUCCUCUUGUGGUGCCUUAUUCCCAAGUGCUGUUUCUCCUCCAGAACUGCGACAGAGACGACAUGGGGUAGAAAUUUUAAAACUAUUUAAUAAAAGUCAAAAAUUAGGCAGUUCACCUAAUAGCACACCACGCCUGUCAUCCCCACCAACCAAAUUCUCUGUUAGUACACCGUCCCAGCCAAGUUGCAAAAGCCACUUGGAAACUGUAACCAAAGAUCAAGAAAGUAUUUGCUUUAAAGCUGCAGAAGGAGAUAGUAUAGAAUUUGGAGCAUUUGUAGGGCACAGAGAUAGCAUGGACUUACAGAGGUUUAAAGAAACAUCAAACAAAAUAAAAGAACUAUUAUCUGAACAGCAGAACGAUGUUGAAAACACGAUUUUGGAGUAUUCUGAGAUGCCUAAAUAUCAGGUAAUGUUUCAUUAUAAGGUCUCUCAAGACUGUGAUCCCUCUAGUAGUUCAGGCAGGUGCCACGGAGACAGCAGAAUGAUUGGGGUGGGCCCCCUGGUUACUCCUUCAGUCUUGUCAGCAAUGUGUGGUCUGAUUGUGCAGGUUUUUAUCUUUUCUAAAUUUCUUUCAGUAGAAAGCAGUGGUAGAAGACCAUCUACAGAAGAUACUCAGGAUGUAGAUUCCAAAGCAGCUUUACUACCGGAUUGGUUACAAGAUAGACCAUCAAACAGAGAAAUGCCAUCUGAGGAAGGAACAUUAAAUGGUCUUGCUUCUCCAUUUAAGCCUGUCAUGGAUACAAAUUAUUAUUAUUCAGCUGUGGAAAGAAAUAACUUGAUGAGAUUAUCCCAGAGCAUUCCAUUCACACCUGUGCCUCCAAGAGGUGAGCCUGUCACGGUGUACCGAUUGGAAGAGAGUUCACCCAACAUAUUAAAUAACAGCAUGUCUUCUUGGUCACAACUAGGCCUCUGUGCCAAAAUAGAGUUUUUAAGUAAAGAGGAGAUGGGAGGAGGUUUACGAAGAGCUGUUAAAGUUCAGUGUACCUGGUCAGAACAUGAUAUCCUCAAAUCAGGGCAUCUUUAUAUUAUUAAAUCUUUUCUUCCUGAGGUGGUUAACACAUGGUCAAGUAUUUAUAAAGAGGAUACAGUUCUGCAUCUCUGUCUCAGAGAAAUUCAACAACAGAGAGCAGCACAGAAACUCACAUUUGCCUUCAAUCAAAUGAAACCCAAAUCCAUACCAUAUUCUCCAAGGUUCCUUGAAGUUUUCCUGCUGUAUUGCCAUUCAGCAGGACAGUGGUUUGCUGUGGAAGAAUGUAUGACUGGAGAAUUUAGAAAAUACAACAAUAAUAAUGGCGAUGAGAUUAUUCCAACUAAUACAUUAGAAGAGAUCAUGCUAGCCUUUAGCCACUGGACUUAUGAAUAUACCAGAGGGGAAUUGCUGGUGCUUGAUUUACAAGGUGUGGGUGAAAAUUUGACUGACCCAUCUGUGAUAAAAGCAGAAGAAAAGAGAUCCUGUGAUAUGGUUUUUGGCCCAGCGAAUCUAGGAGAAGAUGCAAUUAAAAACUUUAGAGCAAAACAUCACUGUAAUUCUUGCUGUAGAAAACUUAAACUUCCAGGUAAAAAAAUUUCUUAAUAUAGUACAUAAAUUGUUAGCCAAGGUAGUUAUUACUACAAUAGUAAUAACCAAUAGUAAUAACUGCUUGGCUAAGGUUAGGUAGCCAACUAAUUUGGCCAAGGUAAGGCUAAGGCUAGAGGUACAAAUAUUUGAUUUAAUGGUCUCUAAUUUUGUCAACCUCAACAGCAACCCAAUCCAGUUCCUUUCUUUUGUAGAUAGUAUAAUUAGUUGAGAUUACUUAUGAUUACACCCAUUGGUUAAUAACACAAUCAAAACUGAGCUAUAAUUGCAUAUCUCUCUACUAUUCUUGGUAUAGUACAGCUACAUAUUAGUUUGUAUUCCCUAAGGCCAUACUGCAUAGUCUUGAAGUAAAAUUUAAUUAAAAAAAAAAAAUGCAUGUAGUUGUAAACGUGUAUUUGGGUCAUUUAAUGUAGACUAUUUUUCAGAUUAAAAUGACAGUUCAUAUUUUGAGUAUCAGUUCUUUUUUAUAUUCAUGUAAAGGUACAAGAGUGUAAGCAUGACUAUGCUUGAUUUAAAUUUAUAAAUUUGAUAUUACUGCAUAAAGGUUUCUAAUUCUAUUCUCAUCUGUCAUAACUCCUUAACCUGUUUUGUCCCAUUAUCCCAAAUGUGGAACACUUAUAAAAACAUGGAUAUAGUAUAUAUAA